AUGGCCAGUACUACUUCCGACGUUCGUGACAUCGGCGGAUCGGAUAUGAUCUCGGCUCUCCAUCUUGCCCAGCAAGCACCGGUCAUCCUUGGUCCUGAGUCGCGAUCCACAUCUGCAACCGAUAGUGCAGAUUAUUAUGCCCGAAUCGAGCAACUAAUGCUGGCUUGUCUUCGCACUGGCGAUGACCAGUCAGCACAGACCUGUCUGAAUCGCCUGAGCCUUCGAUUCGGACCCUCGAAUGAAAGAGUCAUGGGUCUUCGCGGCCUGUACGAGGAGGCCACUGCCAAGGAUCAGGCCGCACUCGAGGAAUGUCUACGUGGAUAUGAUCAGACCUUGUUACAAAGCCCCGUGAAUGUGCCCAUCCUGAAGCGCCGGGUUGCGCUGCUGCGCUCACUCAACCGGCCCGCCGAUGCAAUCUCCGCGCUGAUUGAGCUCCUGGAUGCGAUCCCCACGGACGCCGAGGCCUGGUGUGAACUUGCCGACUUAUAUCAGUCCCAAGGAUUGGGUUCCCAGGCCAUCUUCAGCCUAGAGGAGGCUCUGCUUAUUGCGCCCAACUCAUGGAAUAUCCAUGCCCGGCUCGGAGAACUGUUAUACAUCGCGUCCGCGGAUGGCGAUGCGGCCCGACUCCUUGGGAAAUCCGUUCAGCACUUCAGUCGUAGCAUUGAACUGUGUGAUGACUACCUGCGAGGCUUCUAUGGAUUGACCUUGGCAUCGACGCGCAUGCUGGAGAAUAAUUACGGUCAGCAGCCCACGUUGAAACGGUUAAAAGCAUUUUCGCUGCUUCAAUUAGAGGAGAUUGUGAAAACACGAUCCGUGGAUGACCAGCAUUGGGCAUCGAGUCGCAGUGAACUGAUUGCCGCCAAGGAGUUGUUGAAUCGAUUUAAGUGA